GUCCGGUCGAAGGAGGCUAAGCAAUGGCCGACGGCUGUUACACAGAAACGGUAAAUAAGGAAAACUGAAACCUAGUUGUGUAUUUAACGUUGUCUGAACGGUGAGGUAAAGUCUCAUCCGUUCAUCACGAUGGAAGACUCGGCUUCUCGCCAUGAAGGUGUUGUAUCUGGCUCCUCACGCCCAAGUCGGGCCAGCGGAACUGCUGAGGAAGAAGCGGACCCUGGAUGGGUGAACAAGCUGACUGAAGAAGCUUACCAACUUGUGAAGGAUACCCGAUUCCCAGGAGUCAGAGGCAAAAGGAAACGAGUGAAGUUGCUGGAAAGACAACCAACUGCACGGGACAGGCCAAGGGAACCAGGUGAACAAGUGUCUACACCUGACUAUUGUGAAACAGUGGAUAUUUCCUGCUUAGACAAAACUGAAACUACGACAGAAAGGGAGCAAAGAGAUGAUCCAUCUUGGACAUUAGGAAAUCUGGGUGCACAAAUGUCUACCCCUUACUACUCUGAAACAAUGGAUAUUUCCUGCCUUGACCAAACUGCAGGUAUUCCAGAAAGGGAGCAAAGAGAUGAUCCAUCUUGGACAUUGGGAAAUCAGGGUGCACAAAUGUCUACCCCUGACUAUUGUGAUACAGUGGAUUUUUCCUGCUUUGACCAAACUGCAGGUAUUCCAGAAAGGGAGCAAACAGAUGACCCAUUUUGGACAUUAGGAAAUCUAGACAUGCAAUUGUGGCCAGAUGACUAUUGGGAAACAGUGGUACUUACCUGCUAUGACCAAGCUGAAUGUUUAACAGCAAGUGAACCAAGAGAUGAUGCAUCUUGGGCAUUAGAAAAUCAAGGUGAACAAGUGUCUACCCCUCACUAUUGGGAUACAGUGGGUAUUUCCUGCUUAGACCAAACUGAAGAUAUGCCAGAAAGGGAGCAAAGAGAUGAUCCAUCUUGGACAUUGGGAAAUCAGGGUACACAGUUGUAUCCAGAUGACUAUUGUGAAAGAGCGGAACUUUCCAGUUUUGUGCAAACUGAAGGUGCACAAGCGUCUCCAGAUGACUAUUUUGAAAUAAUAGACAUGUUUGGCUUUGAGCAGAGUGAAAGUAUGACAGAAGGAGCACAAGUGUCUCCAGGUGUCUACUGUAAAACAAUGGAUCUUUCCAGUUUUGACCAAACUGAAGGAGUGACAGAAAAGAAGCAAGGAGAUUUUCCAUCUUGGACAUUAGGAAUUCAGGGUGCCCAAGUGUCUACACAUGACCAUUGUGAAAGAGUGGGUCUUUCCUGCUUUGACCAAACUGAAGAGAUCACAGAAAGGGAGCAAAGAGGUGCACAAGUGUCUCCAGAUGUCCACUGUGAAACAGUGGAACUUUCCAGUUUUGAGCAAACUGAAGGUGUGUCAGGACGUGAGCAAAGAUAUGAUCCUUCUAGGACAUCAAAAUAUCCAGGUACAUACAAGGCUCCAGAUGACUAUUGUCAAACAAUGAGACUGUCCAGUUUUGAGCAGACUAAAGGUAUUACAACAAGUGAGCAAGGAGAUGAUCCUUUUUGGACAUCAGCAAAUCAGGGUACACAAGUGUCUCCAUCUGACUAUUGUGAAACAGUGGAAAUUUCCUGCUUUGAUGAAACUGAAGGAACACCAGUGUCUCCACCUGACUAUUGUGAAGUAGUGGAAGUUUCCUGCUUUGAUGAAACUGAAAGCGAUGAUCCAUCUUGGACAUUCGGCAAUGAGGAUGCACAAGUGUUUAUACCUGACUAUUGUGAAACAGUGGAAGUUUCCCUCUUUGAUGAAACUGAAGGUAUGAGAGAAAGUGAGCAAAGAGAUGAUCCAUUUUGGACAUUAGGAGAUCAAGCACAAGAAAGUACAACUGAAGCACUAAUAGAAGACUCAUCUACCAAAACACGAAGAUCCAGAAGUAGGAGACGAAGAAAUCGCAGAGCUAGAAGAAGAGAUGAAAAUUCUUUACAUCCAUAUGUAAGAAGUGAAUGUUUAAUGAGAUUUCAUGACAGUACGUCACCUAUGACUUUUGAGCAGGUGUCAAUAAAUGCCUCUAGAAAUGAACCACGUAAGACAUUCAGACACCAGAUACCUAGACCUGUGUUACAAAAUAGAGAGAGGUCUGCAACUUAUGUACCAUCCAAUCAGUUUUCAGGACAAUAUUCUACACACACAGCCAGAAACAGGAAACCUACACAACCGAGAACAAGGCAUACGUUAUUAGCUCCUGAUCUUCAGAUCAACAGCUUUCCUGGAGAAGAUUCUCCAAGUGAUAUAAGUCCAUUCAGACCCAAGAAAGCAUACAAUAGUGACAAUGUAGAAAAUGUUCUAGACGAGGCCAGAAAUAUAUUUUCACGUGCUGAAGAGGCAGGUAUAAGAAGUAAUGUUGGUACCCUCAGAAGACCUGCUUUCAGAAGUUCAAAUACUGGUUUAAUUGAUACAAGGUCUGUUGCAACUCAGAGAGGAACUUUAGGGCGGAGAAUGACAGGAUCUGGUAGAUGCAGUAAUCUGAUGAACACUGAUAGGGAUGUACAGCGUAGGGGCUUACCCCCAACUCAAAACACGUGCAUGGCAGAGUCACAGCGUAGAAGAAACAGUUCUAAUUUCCGUCGCAGGGUUGAACCUCAUCGUGGUGCAACAACCACUUGCAAUCCAAGCUCCCGCUGCACUCCAGGUCCUAGUAGUCACCCUAUGUUCAGUGCCAGGUCUCACAAUGAAAAUCCAGAAGUUGCCUCAGAGACGUUUGAAGGCAUUAAUGAGAGACGAGCACCAGUAGGCUCACGAUCACAGCCCAGACAAGGACGUCAACAUGCACGUUGGCUAACUAAAUGAACCUAACUAAAAUGUACCCCAGCUCCCCUUAGGUGAGCUAGUCCUUAUUGGUGAAAGUAUUUUUCACCCACCUAGAAGAUUUACAAAGCAACAGACUGACAACUUGCCAGUAAGAACAUUUAGAAAAACUGAUGCUCUUAAGUACUGUGCUGUUUAUAUUACACAAUACGAAAAAGGCCAUAAGAUUCGCAUACUAACUUGUUCCCAUGAAUAUUACAGUCACUGCCUUGCUCCUUGGCUAUCGGACAAUUCUACCUGUCCUAUUUGUCACAGUGACAUAAUACAUUAUAAGAACAGAGAAAAUUCUUAAGUUGAGAACCCUCAGCAAUGUCAAAUUACACUGAUGAACAAAUAAUAGUCACUUGCUUUCAGUUUACUUUUUUUAAAAAAGAAGAGAAUAGUUUAAAAAAAGUAGCUAAAUACCAAACUCACAGUCAAAAACAAAAUGAGGCAGAAAUAUUAACAAUGAUACAGGAUUUCAAGACAAAAUGGUAGGAAUUAACAGUGGUUGUUGUUUUACAUAUUGUUAUCUUCAAUGAAGUUGCUCAGUUAGCAGAUGUAAGGAUACCAGAUUGAGCAAACCAUUAAGGAGAAUAAAAAAUAAUAAUUAAAAAA